AUGUCAGUGAUUGCCCACGUCGACCACGGAAAGUCGACGCUGACAGACUCGCUGGUCUCAAAAGCAGGAAUCAUAGCAGCGAAAAACGCUGGAGACGCAAGGUUCACAGACACGAGAGCAGACGAACAGGAACGCUGCAUCACAAUUAAAUCGACAGGAAUCAGCAUGUACUUCGAACACGACCUGGACGACGGAAAUGGAAAACAGCCAUUCCUGAUAAACCUUAUUGACUCGCCAGGACACGUGGACUUCUCAAGCGAAGUGACAGCAGCACUGAGAGUGACAGACGGAGCGCUGGUGGUGGUGGACACAAUAGAAGGAGUGUGCGUGCAGACGGAAACAGUGCUGAGGCAAGCACUGAGCGAAAGAAUAAGACCAGUGCUGCACGUAAACAAGGUGGACAGAGCACUGUUGGAGCUGCAAAUGGGACCGGAGGAAAUAUAUACGACCUUCCUGCACACAAUAGAAAACGUAAACGUGAUCGUGGCGACGUACAACGACCAGCUGAUGGGAGACGUGCAAGUGUACCCGGAAAAGGGAACAGUGUCGUUCGGAUCAGGACUGCACGGCUGGGCGUUCACAAUAGAAACAUUCGCGAAAAUAUAUAACACGAAGUUCGGAAUCAGUAAGGAGAAGAUGAUGCACUACCUCUGGGGAGACCACUUCUUCAGUAAGUCGAAGAAGGCAUGGCUGAGCGAGUCGUCACCAGACGCGCCGGAAAGAGCGUUUUGCAACUUUAUCAUGAAGCCAAUCUGCUCACUCUUCACGAACAUCAUCAACGAGGACAAGGACAAGUACGUGCCGAUGCUGAAGAGCAUCGGAGUGGAGCUCAAGGGAGAAGACAAGGAGUUGACAGGAAAGCAGCUGCUGAAGAGAGUGAUGCAGCUGUGGAUACCAGCAGGAGACACGCUGCUGGAAAUGAUCGUGAGUCACCUGCCAUCGCCGUUCGAAGCACAAAAGUACAGAGUGGAAAACCUGUACCUGGGACCAAUGGACGACGAAGCAGCAACAGCAAUCAGAAACUGUGACCCUGACGGACCGCUGAUGAUGUACAUCAGUAAAAUGGUGCCGACGAGCGACAAAGGACGCUUCUACGCGUUUGGAAGAGUCUUCUCAGGAACAGUGGCAACAGGACAGAAGGUGCGCAUCCAGGGCCCGAAGUACGUGCCGGGAGAUAAGACGGACCUCCUGGUGAAAAACGUGCAGAGAACAGUGCUGAUGAUGGGAAGGUACACGGAGCAGAUCCAGGACGUGCCGUGCGGAAACACGUGCUGCCUGGUGGGAGUGGACCAGUACAUCCUGAAGAGCGGGACGAUCACGACGUACGAAAACGCGUACAACAUAGCGGACAUGAAGUACUCAGUGAGCCCAGUGGUGAGAGUGGCAGUGAAGCCGAAGGACUCGAAGGAACUCCCGAAGCUCGUGGAGGGACUGAAGAAGCUGAGUAAGUCGGAUCCCCUGGUGCUGUGCACGACUGAGGAGAGCGGAGAGCACAUCAUAGCAGGCUGCGGAGAGCUGCACGUGGAAAUAUGCCUGAAGGACCUGAGGGACGAGUACGCGCAGAUCGACUUCAUAGUUUCGGAUCCAGUGGUGAGUUACAGAGAGACGGUGGCCUCAGAGUCGUCAGUCACGUGCCUCUCGAAGAGCCCGAACAAGCACAACAGGCUCUACAUGAAGGCGGAGCCGUUCGCAGAGGGUCUGAGCGAGGCAGUGGAGGAGAACAAGGUGACGAGCCGCGACGACCCGAAGGAAAGAGCGAACAGACUGGCGGACGACUUCGGCUGGGACAAAAACGCAGCGCAGAAGAUAUGGUGCUUCGGCCCGGAGACGACGGGACCCAACUUCCUGGUCGACAUGACCUCGGGAGUGCAGUACCUGGCGGAGAUCAAGGACCACUGCAACAGCGCAUUCCAGUGGGCGACAAAGGAGGGCGUGCUCUGCGACGAGAACAUGCGCGGAGUGCGCUUCAACCUGCUCGACGUGACGAUGCACGCGGACGCGAUCCACAGAGGCUCGGGUCAGAUCCUGCCGACGUGCCGCCGCUGCCUGUACGCGUGUCAGCUGACGGCGCAGCCGAAGCUGCAGGAGCCGAUCUUCCUGGUGGACAUCAACUGCCCACAGGACGCAGUGGGAGGAGUGUACAGCACACUUAACCAGAGGCGCGGACACGUCUUCCACGAGGAAAACAGAGCAGGAACGCCACUGGUGGAAAUCAAGGCAUACCUGCCAGUGUCAGAAAGCUUCGGAUUCACAACGGCACUGAGAGCGUCGACGUCAGGACAGGCGUUCCCACAGUGCGUGUUCGACCACUGGCAACUGCUGACAGGAGACGCACUGGAAAAAGGAUCGAAACUAAACGAAAUAGUGACACAAAUAAGAGUGAGAAAGGGACUAAAGGAGGAAAUACCAGCACUGGAUAACUUCUUCGACAAGUUGUAA